AUGCACAAGCUGCCUCCGCACACAACGGGAAGGGCGGAGGGACUACAUCCGCGCCUCGCCGUUACGCCGGCUUUUCAACCCCACCGAGCGUUCUUGGAAGCGGUGGACUUCGACGAGAGGGAGGCGGUACAAGUGGUGGAUGCCUCAGCGGAGUGCUUCUGGGCCGCUCGAACUCUCGCCUCAGACCUCUUGCGCCAUGGGGACUUAGCUGCCAAGCAAGUGUCAGGAGCGGGAGCUGCAGCAUCACCACCAACACGCAGUGGCUUCUGCAGCGGCGGCGGCAGCGGCGGUGGUCAAGACGCGCCGAAGGCGGUCGCGGUUGUGGAUGCGGUCGGCGCCGGAUGGGCGACGGACCGGCUGGAGCUGUUGGCGAUGGCCAAGCUCGCUGUGUCAAACGGGGUGGUCGCUAUGCAGGUGGUCAAGCGUGCUUCGGCGGGCCGGGUGAAGGGGAGAGCGAGGCUGGAAUUCUACGCGCACAGCCAGUUCCCGAUUGUGAAGGCAACCUUCGAUUGAUGAAGCUGGCCGUGGGUUGGCUGUAUGUGUAAAUAGUUAGCAUCAUCACGAUUGGAUUGGGGUUACGAUUUUUUCUGUAUCAUGUCGUGGUUCGAUCGACCCGUGUUUCUUCGAAUUCGUCACACCGAAAGGUUCAUUUUUUUUCUUGUGAGCUUUGUUUGAAGGAAGUUUUGCAGUUGAUUUGAAUCCUGCUGAGCUCACACUUGUCCGGUUGGUGCUCUCUCUCCAAACCACGUGUGUGUGUGAGGUAGGUGGUGGUCAUGUACCUAUCGGAUUUAUCGAACACAGGUUCUGAGUGCUGUGGUUUUACUCGAGGUUUGUUGGUGGAGUAAGUGCAAAGCAAUGGGCGUACCGGAGUUGAAUUAUGUCUUGAACGUGAUCCCUGAGGGAUCGCUGCGCCACGCGCUCCCGUGCAUUAGUCAAGUUGUCUCGUUCUAGUGGAAAACCGUUGAGCUUUCGUGUGCCAUGUGUUCGGAGGCGAUAGAUGUUUUUACCUAGCUUGGGGGAUUUCCGGCGUUUCCCGCCGGCAUGAUUUGCCGUGGAAUUUUCCAAGAAUUUUCGUCACGUGCCUCUGGGGCGCGCGUUUACAGCGCUUCGAAGUGCCGCCUGCCGGUGCCCUCGUCUCCCUUGCGACAAGCAUGGCCGGCCUUCGCAGUUGAACUCCUUCCACGCGAGGCGGCCCCCCCUCGGGCUGCGUGGUGUUCACAACCGCGCGCCCCCCCCCUCUCCCUGUGUGAGGCCUCUCUUUCUUUGUUGGGAAAUAUCUGUGUGUGCUUGUCUUUUGGUUGUUUGGAUCCAUCCGCCGUGCGAUUCCGUGGUUGCUGCCAUUUUUUACCAGCACUGAUAUUGUCUGAGUUGUGAGGCUCUGCGCCGCGCUUGGUUCCACGCUGCUUAUAUUAUUGUUUUUUGCAAGGUUACGUGCUUGUCUUGUCUUGUCCCGUCGCUUUUCUUUUUUUGCCUUUUCGAGGUUCCUUUUUUUUUUUUUACUCCAAAACGUUGUCUUAUGAUGGCUUUUCUUCUCUUGAAUUACUGUAAUAUCUUGUCUUGUACGUAAUACGCAUAGAGCGAAAGAUAGCAUCCCCCCCCCCCCCCCUCCCGGGCCGGCGUAAACCCGGCAUAUCGCUCCGUCCCGGUAAUGUACGUAUGCAAGGUCCAUGACCUGAUGACCUCGUCAUGCACUUACAUGAGUUCACCCCCAUUCCCACCGCCCCAAUUCCUGCCUUUUUGAGUCGGAGAUCUCGGAGAUCUCAGGUACGGGAUCACAUGGAAGGGAGGGUGGCUUUCGAGUCUUGUCUUCCAACUUUUGUUCGAGAAGGGUUUCAACACCGUCUUGUCUGACUGUAACCGCAAGUGCACGUUGGAAGUCCUGGGUAGGAAACGCCGCGUUUUCGAUACCAGUGAUGGGUGGGAAGUCAAGGAGAUGUCAUAGACGAGAGAGUUGAAUCCCCGAUCGGACCUUUUUGCGAUUGUAUCGCCUGAAUUACCACCAC